AUGAGUUACGGCUUAACAGGUACCUCUUCUAAGCUAAGAGGAACUAAUGCGAUAUUGUCAUGGACUCAGGUGAGACACAUUUCUCGCAGAAGGAUAGCCUAUCCAUUUUAUCCAUUCAAGAAAUUGGGAAGACAACAUCCAAAGAAGCAUAACACAAACCUAAAGACUGCCAUGAGACAAUUUUUGGGUCCAAAAAAUUACAAGGGAGAAUAUGUGAUGAACAAGUAUUUCGCGGUUCCGACGAAUCAUGUACCUAACUACAUAAAACCAGAUUUGGAAAGGGGACAAAGUUUAGAGCACCCGGUAACCAAGAAACCAUUGCAGCUAAGGUAUGAUGGGACAUUAGGUCCUCCUCCUGUAGAAAAUAAAAGGUUGCAAAACGUUUUCAAGGAUAGAUUGUUACAACCUUUUCCUUCAAACCCACAUUGUAAGACAAAUUAUGUAUUAAGCCCGCAAUUGAGGCAACGUAUUUUCGAAGAGAUUACUGUGGAAGGACUUUCUACCCAGCAAGUUUCUCAAAAGUACGGAUUAAAAAUUCCUCGUGUGGAGGCUAUUGUAAAAUUGGUUGGCGUGGAAAACAGUUGGAGCAAACGGAACAGGGUAUCCUCAAAUUUAAAAACUAUGGAUGAGACUUUGUAUAGAAUGUUCCCCGUCUUCGAUUCAGAUGCUUCUUUUAAACGGGAGAACUUAAGCGAAAUUCCUGUUCCCCAAAAGACUUUAGCAUCAAGGUUCCUCACCAUAGCAGAAUCUGAGCCUUUUGGACCUGUCGAUGCAGCCCAUGUUUUGGAACUAGAACCUGCUGUAGAAACCUUAAAGAACUUGUCCACGGUUGGAGAACAUUCUAGUGGCCACCACCAAUUAACUAAUAAGAAUACUAAAGUUGUAUAUGGUGAGCUUGUCCAAGGUGAAAGAUCACAAUUCAAAUUUACUGACGCAAAGGUUGGAAAAGUGGGAUACCGUUACGGUAGUGGAAAUAGGGAUAACAAGAAAGAUAGAAGAGUUGGCUUUAAUAAGCUGGGCCAAAUGGUAUAUAUGUGA